CCUCGGGGAUGCCGGGAUGUUUACACUCCUGACAGCGGAGGCCGCGGGAGGAGGAGCGGGAGCUGCGGGAGGAUGGGCCGGCGCUAGGUUCGCACUCGGGACGCGCCACGCCGAGCGCAGGGUGGGUGCCCGCGCCUGCAGCGUCCGCCGGGGCGGCGCGGCCGGAGGUGGCUGAUCAGCUCCGGGCCUCGCAGCCACAGCCCCCGGCCCAGCGAGCCUUUACGCGGCGGCGCCUGGCCGAGCCGCCCGCCCGCCGUGGUUGCCUCGCGGGCGGGAGAACGGAAAACUCCCAACUUCCUGUUACAAAGUUGCUGUUGCUUCAGAGGAUGGAUGAACAAUCUCAAGGAAUGCAAGGGCCACCUGUUCCUCAGUUCCAGCCACAGAAGGCCUUACGACCAGAUAUGGGCUAUAAUACAUUAGCCAACUUUCGAAUAGAAAAGAAAAUUGGUCGCGGACAAUUUAGUGAAGUUUAUAGAGCAGCCUGUCUCUUGGAUGGAGUACCAGUAGCUUUAAAAAAAGUACAGAUAUUUGAUUUAAUGGAUGCCAAAGCACGUGCCGAUUGCAUCAAAGAAAUAGAUCUCCUUAAGCAACUCAACCAUCCAAAUGUAAUUAAAUAUUAUGCAUCAUUCAUUGAGGAUAAUGAACUAAACAUAGUUUUGGAAUUAGCAGAUGCUGGUGAUCUAUCCAGAAUGAUAAAGCAUUUUAAGAAGCAAAAGAGGCUAAUUCCGGAAAGAACUGUCUGGAAGUACUUUGUUCAGCUCUGCAGUGCAUUGGAACACAUGCAUUCUCGAAGAGUCAUGCAUAGAGAUAUAAAACCAGCUAAUGUGUUCAUUACAGCCACUGGGGUGGUAAAACUUGGAGAUCUUGGGCUUGGCCGGUUUUUCAGCUCCAAAACCACAGCUGCACAUUCUUUAGUGGGUACACCUUAUUACAUGUCUCCAGAGAGAAUACAUGAAAAUGGAUACAACUUCAAAUCUGACAUCUGGUCUCUGGGCUGUCUGCUGUAUGAGAUGGCUGCAUUACAGAGUCCUUUCUAUGGUGACAAAAUGAAUUUAUAUUCGCUGUGUAAGAAGAUAGAACAGUGUGACUACCCACCUCUUCCUUCAGAUCACUAUUCAGAGGAACUACGACAGUUAGUGAAUACAUGCAUCAACCCAGAUCCAGAGAAGCGACCAGACGUCACCUACGUGUACGAUGUAGCAAAGAGAAUGCACGCGUGCACCGCGAGCAACUAAACAGUGCAAGACCACAAAGAACAGCGUAAAAAUAAUUUAAAGUAUUUUUGUGCAAAUCAUACCUCCCCGUUUAUGUCUGGGUGUUAAGAUUACUAUUCAGAGCUCAUGGGCUUUGAAUCCUUAACCAGUUUUCUUAUAAGCUUCAUUUUGUACCAAUCCAAAUCACCUUGUAACCCCCAAAUGACUUUGGAAAUCAAAUUGCAUGUUUGGAGAAUAAAAGAAACAGGAUGGUUUUCAAUGGAUAAAGGGUUUUAGAAUCGUUUAGAGUUUUCUGCAAAUAAAUUGUGUUCAGGUAGACUGCUGGUACCAAAUAUGGAAGGGGCAGCUUGGCACACCUCAGGAUAGACUUGAAAUCUGAGGAAAAGUAUCUGAACAUGUGACUUGCUUGGGUUUUAGUAAUUUAUGGACACUGUGUUGAACACAAUUGUGAACUUUUGUGAUUAUUUUAAGUUUGAAGUAUGUGUUUUAGUUUUUAGCAUUGUAGUUUCAAAUAUACUUCUUAUAAUAAAUAUAGACAUAAACUAUUUGAGAACCAUUUAAAAUUCUUUGCUUGCAACUAUUAAAUGUGAAAAGAUUUGGGGACAAAAUGUGAGUCAGACACUGAAGAGUAUUUUUUGUUUUAAUAUCUUUAAUAUUGUCUUUGCAUUGAAAUGGUAUAAAUGAAUCCAUUUAAAAAGUGGUUAAGGAUUUGUUUGGCUGGUGUGAUAGUUAUUUUUAAAGUUGCACAUUGCCCAAGCUUUUUCUGUGUGUUUUUAUUAUUGUUUGUACAUUUGAAAACAUUCUUUGAAUAACCUUACAGUACUAUAUUUCAAUUUCUUUAUAAAUUUAAAUACAUUUUAACUCAUAAUUGUACACUAUAAUGUAACCAUAUUUUUUUUCAUAGAUUGUAUUGAAGUUCAGAUUGGUUCCCUUCAGAAAUUUUUUUAUAUACAAGUUACUUUCUUAUUUAUAUUGUAUGUGCAUUUUAUCCAUUAAUGUUUCAUAUUUUCUGAGAACAUAAUCCUCUUUUAAAAUGUUUGGUAUAUCACACUUUUUCUGGAUGGAAAACAUUUUUUUUUUUAAGCUUUUUAAAUUUGGGGCCUCCCAGUAUGCAUGUGUUUGGUCUUGUUAAAGAGGAAGAAAGGAUGUGUGUUAUGCUGUACCUGUGAAUGUUGAUACAGUUUCAAUUCUUUAACAAGGUUGUCAUUCUAGAAUAUGUUUAAUGAAAUGAAAAGUGGCCUUUACUACAGCCGGAAUUGUUAGGAGAUUAACAUUUCUAAUGAGAAGCUUUUGAGCAGAGUACUGUAUUUGUGCAUGAAGAUGACCAGAGAUGGUAACACUUUGUUUAGCUUAAGGAAAUGGGCAGAGUUUAGUUGACACUGUUGUGCAGAUGUGUUUUCCCUGAAUGCCCUCAUAUCAGUGGAAACAGUUCCUCACAGAAUUGUGAAGGGAAGAAGCCAAGAGGCAGUCGCUGUUACGGGACAGGCCGCAGCAUCAUACCCUGGGAUGGAUUAUCCUGCCAACGUAAGAACCUCACGCUCAGAGAACACCUCCCCUUAGCCUAUGGAACUGCUGGUUUUGUUUUUCAUAUGCUCAUUUGAAUUAUUUUCAGGGCUUUGUAAUUUCAAAAAUGUAUAAAGGGCAAAAAAGUAUAAACUCUUGUAUUUCAAGAUGUAGUCAGUUACACGUGGUAUCUGAAGAGUAAUUUUAUUUGGAAUGGAUGAAGGCAGUCUGGUUGGGUUUCUUUUUGUUUUAUGAGGGCUGAAUGCAGUUUCUCCCAAAUUCUUGUGACUUUUAACAUUGACAGUGAUGAUCCAUAGACUUAUCUCCAGAAAUACAAGAAUUGUUUUUGUUGACCGUUAAUGUCACGGUCACUUUGACAUAACAGAAUUGACUCAGAUGAAAUGUUCUCUGGUAGGAACAGAUGCUGUCCUUUUUCUUGCAAUCGUUAGGAAUACAUGGAUCUAAAAUUCAUUAGCUUGACCCGUCCAUAGUGACUUUUAAGUAAAGAUUUAAGCUUUUCUUCUCAGUGAAUGUAUCUGCUAGAAGGAAAUAGCUAGAAAGAAUGUAAUAAUGAUCAGGGAAAUCAUUAUUUUCUACUUGUGGAAAGUUUCUGUUUUGGAUAUUAUAUCUUUUUUUUAAUCUAAGUGUUCAUAUUUUUCCUGAGGAAACCACUAUGUAAAAACCAAAUUUUAAUUUUUAAUGGGAUCAUUUCAAAGAAUUAUGAAGAUGAUUAGAAGUUCUAAUUUUUAUAAUCACCUAUAAGAUGUUCUCUUUAUUUUUGUUUAUAAGUAAAUUUAAUAUUAAGUUAAACAUUUGAAUUAAUUUCAGAAGCAAUGAUAUGAAAGAUAUAUCUGAUUCUAAACCUUAUUUAGACAUUGGUACCAUUACCCAGGGGAAAAUGUGGGGUAACUUUGUUUUGUAUGGUGAGGUUUAGAAAUUGUGGAUAAAGGGUAUCUCUGUAUAAAUAAAGUGCUCAACAAUGUGCAAUGAUUGUAAAUUUAGUAAGAUGCUAUGACCAUUUCAUGAAUGCUUUACCAUUCUAUAUAGUAUCUAUUACAAAACACCUCUCUUUUAUCCAUACACUUUAGGUGUUACUGUUAACUUUUACCAUAUUUAUUUUAACCAAAAUGUUAUUCACAUUAACUGUUAAUUCUUUAAAAAAAUGAAUGUAUUAUGUUCAUAACCCACAAAUGCAUAAUUACCCUGUGCCUCAUAUUUCAAUAGUACUGUAAUAUGUACAUCUUUUGUGAAACUUGUAUUUUGUUAUGCUUUAAAUACACAUACAAAAAAUACUGUUACUAGCUUUGAAAAUUGUACAUCCUAAUAUAAAAAUAUGAAAACAAAAAAUGAGUACAGUAAAA